UAUUUGUUAGCUUUAAUAUGUCUUCUUACAUAAUCAACUGAACUGCUGUGUUAUUUAUUUCUCAUUAACAUAGUAGCAGUUCAAUAGUUGCUUCUUACAGGGAUGUUAAGAGAAGCUAUUGCGGUUGUGUUGAUUGUAUUGGUGGCAUGGGCAUACCAGUGCACCUACCCUCCACCUCCCAAGAUUUGUGGUAGCCCCGGCGGUCCUCCGGUCACAGCACCUAGAAUAAAGCUAAGAGAUGGAAGGUAUUCGGCCUACAAGGAACAUGGUGUAUCUAGAGAGACUGCCAAAUAUAAGAUCAUAUACAUUCAUGGAUUCAUGUCUACAAGACAUGAUUGCGCGAUCGCGACGAAUGUCUCUCCGGAAGUGUUUGAAGAGCUAGGUGUGUAUAUUGUGUCUUUUGACCGACCGGGUUAUGGAGAAAGUGAUCCCGAUCCGAAACGGACUCCAAGGAGUUUGGCUCUUGAUGUAGAGGAGCUUGCUGAUCAUUUGGGACUGGGAUCUAAAUUUUAUGUUAUAGGAUUUUCUAUGGGAGGCCAAGCUGUUUGGGGAUGCCUUAAGUACAUUCCUCACAGGCUAGCAGGAGCAACAUUGCUGGCUCCUGUUAUCAACUACUGGUGGCCUGGUUUUCCAGCCAACUUGUCUACGGAAGCCUACUACCUACAGCUUCCACAAGACCAAUGGACAUUGCGCGUUGCUCACUAUACUCGGUGCCUGACCUACUGGUGGAAUACACAGAAAUUAUUUCCUUCAUCGGCAGUUGCAGCUAGAAGGCCUGAAGUUUUCUCUCCAAAGGAUCACGAACUCCUUCCUUUGCUAGCAGGUCAAAAAUCCCAGCCUGAGAUACUCCAACAGGGAAAAUUUGAAUCCCUGCAUCGUGACAUGAUGGUAGGAUUCGGGAAAUGGGAAUUUGAUCCUAUGGAUCUUGAGAACCCUUUUCCGAAUAACGAAGGCUCAGUUCAUCUAUGGCAUGGAGGUGACGACAGGAUGGUGCCAGUCAUAUUGCAGCGUUACAUUGCUCAGAAACUUGCAUGGAUUCACUACCACGAGGUACCUGAUGCUGGACAUAUGUUACCCUAUGUUCCAGGGGUAAGUGAAGACAUUUUAAAAGCUCUUCUGCAUAUUGAGAAGUAGCAUUGCUCUUAUUUUAACACUGUAAUCUCUGUUUUUUUGUAAUAAUUGGUACGAACCAGGCCAGUAAUUUAGUAGAAUUGAUUGGCACACAACAUUUGCUAAUCAAAUUAGGCUUAAUGAUGUAAAAGUUUUAAUUUUGUAAAUCAUUUAGCCAUUGAAAAUGUGAUUGAUGAUUUGAAUCCUGAAA